AUGUUAAUUUUAUAAUAGUUAACAGUCUCUUCAUAGAUUUUGAUUUGUAUGGCCAAUAGUAAUAUCUUGGUGCUCUUUUGUUCUGGUCUGAUGACCAUCUUUUGGUUAAAGAAAGUUAAACAGGCGGAUGAAAUGAGUGGGAAGUAUAGAAAGUAAGAUCAAGAAAUAUUCAUUUGGUAUUGCAAAAGUUAUGAUUAUUUUACAAAUAGUUAUACGUUUUCAUGAGAACAAAAUAGGCUUAUAUGAUUUUAUUGCCUAUAGCAAUGCACGGGUCAUUUACUCAUUUAGUGAGUGCAAAUAAAAUUAGGGCUGAUCUGUCUAUGUGUUGAUGGUAUCAAUUUCAUAUUUUAAGCAAAAGUGAUCCAUCCUCAUGUUAGACAUCUGUAAAAUGAUAAUAUUGUGUAAAGGAUUAAUUAAUUUAACGAAGUUUAUAUAAUUGCGAUUACAAGUACAGAUUCAACUACAAUUUAUAUAGUUAGUCAUUAGACUUGAAUGAUGUACAUCUUUGUUAUAGAUAUAAAAUUAUUGUCUACUAUAUUUUUUUAUGAAUAUAAAAUUUUGUUUACUAGGUUUAAACACGUGCCUGUGGCAUGUGCGGCUCCACUAGUCGUACAUACAUGUGGUUCAAAUGAGGAGUUGUGUUACUCGCAUGACUGAUUCUAUAUGAUUGUGGAGUGGUGUGAACCCCUUGUUGCUUUUGUUAUUACUGCUGUGCAUGAUUUCAGUUAAAACUUAAAAGAUAAUAUGCUCCAGUGCCCUUUGGUAUCAUAUGAUAUGCUAUUUUGUAUAUUUUGAUAUAUGCCAAUUUAAAGUACAGAAAGUAGUACCUAGGUAGGUAUCGCUAUUAUGCAGUUGCAGUGGCUGUAUUAGUUUAUUUAGUUAUCUGUAGGUCGAGAUUGAGGAAUGGAUCUAUUACUGUCCUACUUCCAUCUAUUUACUGAAUUUAUGCCAGUUUUGAGACCCUGCUGCGCUUCCAUAUAUCGAAUUUAAUGGUUUUGCUUCUUAUGCCAGAUAUGGGUGCUAUUUUCCCUGAAGCUAUUUGAUUUGACAAAUGAAUAUACACAACAUGGCAUGCUGGUGUUUACAUACUGCAAUUUUAUAUUAAUCUUAGGAACAGGGAUGGAGUUCUUAUGCCCCUCAUGAUAUCAAAGUUCUUUUUAUGCUUUCAACAAGCUGACUGCAUCUUAUCAGGUGCUAAUUCGAGGUCAAUCAUGUGUAUAGGUUGCUAAGCAACUCCAACACGGAACAUGGUGAGGAGGGCGACGAGGAGACACCGCCGAAAGCCAGGAGCCGGUGGGUGAGCUGAAGCGACGAGACGAGGCUGAGGAAGGCCGCGGAGCAGAACACAAGGGCAAGAACUCACGAUCCAGGACUGCUGUCAAUGAUGGGAUGGCUGUCCAUCCAUAUGAUCAUCUCGAGCUGCCGCAGGCCGCAGCUAAGGUUGGUUGGGUUUCCAGCGUUUGCUGUUCCGCAGAUCACGUUCCCAGGGAGGCAGGAGUCGUUAUCCAUCUAACACAGAUCUGCUGAUGCAGAAAUCAGAAUGCAGAUGAUAUAAGUCCUUGCACAUGUGACGUCUAUCAGUAGAUGCUACUCGGAUUCAUCAGAGGCUGUUUUUAAGCUGGUUAUUGUCCGCCUUCACCGCUGCAGGUUUUAGGACUUUUGUGUGGUCACUGGCGCUACUGCCCCUUGACGCUGGACCGUAUGCCUCCCUGGCUCCCUGCUGUGCCCAUUCCCAGAUCUGAAAAAGCCUGAACUUGCCCUUGCCCUUGGCGUGCAGCUGCUUCUGGUCCCUAGUGCUGAUUGCUCUGUGCUCAUCAGCGUGGUGGGGCUGGCCACUUCACUGUAGCCAUUGAUGUGCCUGAUUCGCUCCAUUGAUUAUGAUUAUGGACGGGACAAACCACAUGGACGAAUUCAGAUCUCAAAGCUAGACAAAGCGAAAUGAAAAUAAACAACGUAGAUCUGUGAGAGUGACGCCGCUGGCUGUGCUUCAACCAAGUCAUUCAUGCGUCCUACACUCCUACCUGAUCCUGAGAAGCACCAUCGCAACAUCACAUUCACGCAUGUUCCGCCGUUGCCCGGCUGCCACCCUCUCCGCCACCGGUCGGUCGUGACGCACGCGUGGGCGGCGGUAGCCAUCCUCUCCGACUCACUCACCCACUGGCCGACAGGUUCGACUCGUCUGCUUGGACAAAGGCCACACAUGCCGACACACGCUAAACGAUCCAAGGUCGGGUAGGGAACGAAGCCUCGCGUCUGCAGAUCACACGGCACAAUCACGGCGAGCUUACCAAAUGGGGCACCUGAUUUUUGGUCACCGGCAGUAGUGUCGUGUCCAUGCCGUCGGUGGCGUCCGCGCCCGGAUUCUUGCACCGCCACGGGGUGCUUGGGCUCGGAUAAUCCUCCCCAGUUUCCCCCACUGGCCGGCGCGGGAGGCUAGAGCCAUGCAUGGCGAGGCCUUCCUCUACUGCGGCGGCUUCCGUCUGCCUCGGCGUCGCCCUCGUCGCGCUCCUGUUCCCCGCCUCCAGCCUCUCGCUGCGCGCCACGGUCGGCGCCGCCGAUGUCUCCUCCGAGCUGGCCAACGAGGCGCGCGGCCGCGGCAGCACAGGCGUGCGGCGGCUCGGGGGCCCGGAGGGCAGGUGCCACUACCCCGCGGCCGCGUCUGACCCAGGCCGCAGCUACCCGCGCCCGCGCGGCGGGUACGUCGACUACCUCUACCUCUACUACUGCGUUAUCGGCGGCGAGCGCCGGCCCGCCCUGGGCUGCGCCGCGAUGGCGGCGUGGCUCGCCGUGCUCUUCUACCUGCUCGCGGACACGGCGGCGGCCUACUUCUGCUCCAGCCUCGAGGGCCUCUCGCGCCUGCUCCGCCUGCCGCCGGCCAUCGCCGGGGCCACGCUGCUCUCGCUCGGGAACGGCGCGCCCGACGCGCUCUCCGCGCUCGCGUCCUUCGACGGCCGAGGCAAGGGCGGAGGCGGAGGGGCCGCCGCCGUCGGGCUCAGCGGCGUGCUCGGCGGCGCGAUGUUCGUGUCCGCCGCCGUGCUCGGCGUCGUCGCCCUCCGCGCCGGCGGCCAGGGUGUCGCCGUCGACCGCGCCAGCUUCUUCCGGGACGCGGCCUUCCUCCUCCUGGCCCUCGCCGCCGUCGCCGUCGUCAUCACCGCGGGCGAGGUCGGCAUCUGGGGCGCCGUAGCGUUCGCCUCGCUCUACCUCGUCUACGUUCUCGCCGUCGCGUUUACGCCGGAACACUGGACCAGACGCCAGGAUGAAGAGGAGGACCACGGCCCCGCCGCCGCUUCCUCGGAGCUCCACAGCGUCAUAGAGACCAAGUUCUACACCGACCAGGAGGCUCGAGAUCUACUCCUCGCCGACACCGCCGCGCCUCUCCUCCAGUACUACGCCGGCGACAAUAUCAGCGGCGGCGGCAACAACAAGAGCACGUUCUGGACCGUCAUGCGCGUGCUAGCUCUUCCCCUGACUCUCCCACGGCGGCUGACGAUCCCAGACGCGAGCAAGGAGCGGUGGAGCAAGACGACCGCGGUGACCACGGCCACGCUCGCCCCCAUCUUCCUGGCCUUCCUCUGCAGCCACCGCGCCACUGGGAGCCCGUUCCCCGCCGUCCUCCUCGGCGGCCUCGUUGGCAUCGUGCUGGGCCUCCUCGCCUUCCUCACCACGGAACCCUCCGCCCCGCCGACCCGGUUCCUCGCCGCGUGGCUCGCCGGCGGGUUCGCCAUGAGCGUGGCGUGGGCGUACGUGAUCGCCAACGAGGUCCUGUCGCUGCUGGUCUCGGCCAGCGUCGUACUAUACGUGGACGCGGCGGCGCUGGGGGUGACCGUGCUCGCCUGGGGAAACUCGCUCGGCGACCUCAUCGCGAACGUUGCGGUGGCCUCCCGCGGCGGCCCCUGCGGCGCGCAGGUGGCCGUGUCCGGCUGCUACGGCGGGCCGGUGUUCAACGUCCUCGUGGGCCUCGGCCUGUCCUUGCUGCUUUCGUGCUGGGCCGGGUACCCGCAGACAGUGAAGAUUCCGAGGGAGUCCGGGCUUUACCGGACGCUGGGCUUUGUGGUCGUUGGGCUUGUGUGGGCCUUGGUGAUGCUGCCCAGGAGAGGGAUGAGGGUGGACAGGACGCUGGGCUUUGGGCUCCUGGCGAUAUACUUAUGCUUCAUAUGUAUUAACAUUUCACAGCUCAAGAAUGAACGGUAGCAUAUUGGAUUCAUUCGUUGCAUGAAUCAGAGGUGGCUGCUUUGAAAAAAUGGUGGCCAGCCCUGGAUACGUAUCUUUAAUCCAAAUAGAUUACCGGCCCAAUAUACAUUUUUCUGUCUUUAUUGAGCAGAUUGUCCACUGUUGGUAAUAGAUUAAGGUAAGUACCAAUAGUCUCAAUAAUAUUAGAAUAAUUAGUACACAUUUCAGGGUUUUUUUUCCAUACUUUUGUGAUGCAACCUGUUUUGGGUUUCACUGGGAGGAUUUAUAGGUGGGGUGUGCAAUCUGCAGCAAUAGCAUCAUAGCAACCAUCACAAAAGGCAAAAGGAGAGGCAAAGAAGAUGAUCAUUGCUCCAAUGAGUAUGCUUUUUUUUUUUGUAGUUUUGUACUUUUGUUGUCUCUUUCUAAGAGAAGCAGGAGAGCUUCUCAAUUUUGUAAUGUAAACUUAGUCUUGCUGUGAU